AAGGAACUAGCUUGAAAAACACAAGUUCAGCCUCUCGAACAGCAGAGGGCACUAUGUACAUAAUAUACGCACAUGAAAUGCAUAAUGUCAUACCAAUUAAAUGAGGAGUUAAUUAUUAGCGACGGAUAGCCCCAAUAAUUUGGCUCUUUAUCACGCCCACCUCUGGCUGGUUAUGUUAUUCCCGUUUAUCUAUUGAAUAAAAUUAAUCAAUAAUGUCAAUCUCUAAAUGCCACAUUAAACGGUUGCCACAGUAUAACUUCCAUUCUAAUCUCAGAGUGGGUAGAGAAGGCUUUCGAGGAACGGCUCCAAUCUGCAUGCUGUCUGAAAUAGACUGCUCGCUGUGGGGUAAAAUGUGUCUGACGUGCAUGGUGGACGAGUAAAGGAGUGCAAAAGCGAUCAUGUGAGUGCUCAGGGUGUACCAACCAAGCUCGGAAUGAAUUGGAAUGGGACAGCCUUUGAGACCAUGAACACACAGUCAUAUGACGAACCAAGAACACAGCACGCAGGGGCGUCGCGCGAGGAAACUGUCAUCCCCACCCACUGCUGAGAGGAGAGGAGAGCGCAGCGCAUCAAUGCCACCAGGUGGUCUCGCUCACGUCGCUUGGAGUCUGGACUACACUACGCUGGCAUCGUCUCGUCGUCGGCCUAAUAGCCGUUGAGAGAAGAAUGCAAGAAUGGCGGAGGACGACGCCGAGCUGAUCAGGGCAGCGUUGCAACGAGACCAGCGACUCCUGCAAAGCUCGUCUUGCGGGUGCACCGCGAUGGAUGGAGCGACCAUGGAGGAAAAAGGAGAAGAUCUAUCUCUGGAGGCGAUUCUAGCGCUGUACAACCAGCCCAUCAAUGAGGAGCAGGCAUGGGCAGUUUGCUACCAGUGCUGCAGCACGCUGGCGAGGGGACCAGGGAGGAGGACCUCCGCGGCGGGUCUCGGGACAGCGUCCGUGGUGCACCGUGCGCGGAAGAUCCAGGGACUCGGGGACGUGAUCAUCCAGAGAGACGGAUUGGUUCGCUUCCGAUACGACGAGGAUUCACAAGCUAAAUCCAUCCCCUGCAGAUCAACAGAGGUGAUCGAGUCCCUGGGCAUCAUGGUGUACAACGCCCUGGACUACGGCCUGAAGGAGACGGAGGAGCGGGAGCUGAGCGCGCCGCUGGAGCAGCUCAUCAACCACAUGAUCAACAUGGCGGAGGCCGAGAAGGACGCCUGCUACGACGAAGGCUACGAGGCCACCGAGGAAGACGAGGAGGCAGAGGAUGAGCCCGGGUGCGCCCCCGGCACCAGAUGUUACAGGGACCUGCUCAAGAUCUGCACGUCCCACCUUCCCGGCCAAUCAGAUGCUCCUAUUCACUACCAGGCGGUGUGCCGGGCUCUUUACUCAGAGACCAAGGAGCUCCGCACCUUCCUGGAGAAGAUAAGGAGUGCCAAAGAGAACCUGAGGAAGAUGGAGGGGGACUCAUCAGGGGAAACUGGCAGGGACCUGGAUGAGCUGCAGAACUCUGACUGGGCACGCUGCUGGGUGCAGGUGAUGCGCGGCCUACGGGACGGGGUGAAGCUGAAGAAGGUGCACGAGCGGCGGUACGACCCGCUGCCCAUCGAGUACCAGCUGACGCCCUACGAGAUGCUGAUGGACGACAUCCGCUCCCAGCGCUUCAAGCUGCGCAAGGUCAUGGUGAACGGGGACAUCCCUCCCAAGUUAAAGAAGAGUGCCCACGAGGUCAUCCUGGACUUCAUCCGGUCCAGACCGCCUUUGAACCCCGCAUCAGCCCGUAAGCUGAAGCCCCAGGCCCAGGCCCCGCCCACCCUCCAUGAACGCAUCCUGGAGGAAAUAAAGGCAGAGAGGAAACUCCGCCCAGUGUCUCCAGAUAUGAUCCGCAGGGGCAGGCUGGUCAGGCGGCCUCUUAGCAUGUCUUUCAGUUUUGAUGCGGCAGACGACUUCAGUCCAUACAUGGGCCGCAGGUCAUCCAGCACGCUGUCGCUGCUCAACGCCGUGUCGGACUCCUCCCGCCUGGAACGCGGCGGUCGCAGUCGGGUCCCCCAGAGGAAACGGCUCCUCAAGGCCCCCAGCCUCGCAGAGCUGGACAGCUCCGACUCGGAUGAGGAGGCCUGGGGCCGGAGGUCCGCCAGCAGCUCCAGCAUGGCAACGUCCGUGAUGGACGACACGUCCCCGGAGAUGGCGCUGGGCAAUAAAACUCCCCCCAUGUUCCUGCCCAUCUCGUCCACACCCCAGCCAGAGCGGAGGAAGCAGCCCCAGCAUAGGAGGCACUCCAUCGAGAAGGAGACCCCCACCAACGUCAGGUUAUUCCAGCCCCCCACCAAGAAGAACUCCAAGUCCCUGGAGGAGUUCUGCUUCCCAGUGGAGUGUCUGUCCCUAACGGUGGAGGAGGUGAUGCACAUCAGACAGGUGCUGGUCAAGGCAGAGCUGGAGAAGUUCCAGCAGUACAAGGACGUCUACAACGCCAUGAAGAAGGGAAAGCUUUGCUUCUGUUGUCGGACAAAAAGGUUUUCCUUCUUCACCUGGUCCUACACCUGUCAGUUUUGCAAGCGGCCUGUGUGCUCAAACUGUUGUAAAAAGAUGCGGCUGCCGUCCAAGCCGUACUCCAGCCUGCCCAUCUACUCCAUCGGCUCCACCAACACCCUUCCCAGGGACAGGCUGGAGGCCGCGGCCGGCGUCGCAAAAUCCACGUCCGUAGCCGACGGGGCGGGGCCAUCGGGGACGCCCCCGCCCGCCACCGCCUCCACCUCCGCCUCCGCCUCCGCAUCGGCGAAGGGCCCCCCCUCCGCGGGGAUGAAGGGCUCCAGGCUGGGCAGAGGGAGAGCGGGGGCCUCGCCCGAGAAGACCUCCCAGGGCCAAUCGCGCCACAGCCUUCAGAAGACCAUGUCAAAGUUGUCCAAACACGGGUCCCUCAAAACCAGCGAUGACCUGGAGCUUCCUCCUGAGUUGACCGAGGACUGGGCCACCAUGGAGGUCUGUGUGGACUGCAAGAAGUUCAUCCACGACAUCAUCUCCUCCAGCAAGCACAGCCUGUCGCUGGCCACCAAGCGGGCGCGUCUAAAGCGCAAGACCCAGUCCUUCUACCUGUCCUCCCCCAAGGGCCGCGAGGAAUACCGACCCUCGGAACGGACAAUCAACGAGAUCUAGGGCUUGUUCUUUCCGUCGGUUUGUCUUUCUUUCUCUUCUCUCAUUGUUUGUCAUAGUUUCUUUCUCUCUCUUCUUUCUUGCCUCAUUUCUUUCUUUCAUGUCUUGCUUUCUAUCUUUCAUUCUCUUUAUUUUGUUUGCCUUACUCUUGGUCUUGGUUGACGUCUCUCUCUCUCGCUCUCGCUCGCUCUCUCUCUCACAAGCACACUUCUCUUCCAGAUAUUUUAGCACGAUUCUCAAGACUCAGUACUG